CUUUCCUCUGUCAUCAAUUCUAUCACUACAAUGGAGGACUUCCGUUUCGUCCAUGAAUCACCCCAGCAGCAGCAGGCGCACCGGAAGCGUCCGCGUCUUGUCACCGCUUGCGAUAACUGUCGCAUCAAGAAAAUCCGUUGCGUCAAGAGUGCCACUAGCGACAGAUGUGAAGCUUGCACCGCCGGCAACUGCGCUUGCGAGUUCCGCGACCGGGAGCGAUACUUCCAGGAACGGAGUCGUCUCAUCGCCGGUUCUAGUGUUGGCUCCCCCUCCAACACCAGUCGCAGACCGACGACUCCCUCCGCGGCCCAGCUUGAACGAGAACGUCGAACAUCUCCAUAUGCACGUCCUGGACGCAUAGACGACAGCCCCACAUCCUCAAUUUAUUCUCGUCAUUCCGAUCCGACGCCUAGGACUCCCGGCUCUACGGCCUCGACACCGCCGAUGGACUACUUGACUCUGAAGGAUAGCGGUCGUCACUCGUCGGAACCAAAAGAAUAUUAUCAUGAGCAACAAUAUCUCCCUCGUCCAGCCUCUGUAUCUUAUUCUAGCCAAGUCACUAAUAACCUCUGGAACUACCCCGCCGAUAUAAACACCGUAUCUCCUAGCUAUUCGCCCGCAGCACCCGCAUUACCCUUACAGCCUGCCAACGUCAACCUCCAUGUAAACCUCUCAGAAGUCGACCUCUUCGAACCCACAUACCCUGCUUACCCCAGCUUCGCCCUGAUGCCGCAUUUCGUUUCUCUGUUCUUCGAAAACUUCGGUGGCCAAUGCCCGUUCCUCUCGAAAAACGACGUACUCUCUCGAUUUUACCAGCAGAGCCUCCCAGCGACCCUCGCGAACUCCAUAGCGAGUUUAGCGGUUCGCUAUUCGAACUUGCCUCAACUGCACUCCAGGGACCUGCGCGCGGUAGCGGACGAGUACAGUGCCAAUGCCAAAAGUAACCUCCGGUCGAUCCUAUCCGUUGGAUCUCUCGAUACCCUCCAUGCCCUCAUGCUGCUGUCGUUGUCGGAGUACAGAAGAGGACAGACUGCGGGAUACGUGCACUACGCCGACAUGUCAAUGCGGAUGGCCAUAGACCUUGGGCUAUCCGACGCACAAACCUUAGAAAUGCUCGCGACCAGCCAACGAGAGAAGCAGCGCCUUCAGAUGACGUGGUCUAGCGUCUGGCAGUUACAGAUGGCGGCGUCAUCUUCUACCUCUGCUGCCUACAGGGCUUGACAUGUAUCAAGUUGAUACCAAGGUCCCCUACCAGAAAUCGGGCGUGAAGUCGUGCUUCUUGACAAGUGGGGAACUCGAGUCCCUCCUUAUGAAGGAGUCCACUUUCAUUCCGGCUUAUUUAUGAUCUCGUCGCUCUCUUCGCUGUUAAUUGCUUGUAUAUAUAGUGCUAGACAAGUGUAUCUUUCCCCCGUCGUAGUCUACAGUCGUCCUAAUACCCGUGUAUCCAUCUCGCGAUUCGUUCAAUAUAUAUCAUAGUGCUUUCAUUUA